CAUCCAGAUCCAGUAAUGAAUGUGCCACAAUCGAUCGCGCAGGAUAAUUUUCAGCUAUCCUGUUCAGGUGAACAUAUUUCGGAUAAUUUUCAAGGGGAAAGCUUCGAAUAUACAAAAAGACGCAAAAUGCCCGCCAGAGCACCAGAUAUGCAACAAAACGGCCAAGUGCACGAACUCAUCGACGAUGUCGUUAUUACCGGGAUUUCGGGUCGUUUUCCCGAGAGUAAUAACAUGGAGGAAUUUAGACAACAACUUUUCGACGGGAUCGAUUUGGUGACAGACGACGAAAGACGAUGGCCUUCCGGUUUGUAUGGUUUGCCGACGCGUACCGGGAAAUUAAAAGACAUCUCUCAUUUCGACGCGACGUUUUUUGGUGUUCACGCCAAACAAGCCCAUGUUAUGGAUCCCCAAUUAAGAUUAUUAUUGGAGUUAACACACGAAGCUAUCGUUGAUGCUGGUAUGAGCCCCGCAGAAUUAAAAGGAUCAAAAACUGGGGUGUUUAUUGGAGUAUCUGACAGUGAAUCGUCUGAGUAUUGGACGUACGAUCCCGAUAAAAUUAAUGGAUAUGGUUUAACCGGUUGUUGUAGAGCUAUGUUCCCAAAUAGAAUCUCAUACACAUUUGAUUUUAACGGCCCAAGUUACGCCAUUGAUACUGCUUGCUCAAGUAGUUUAUUCGCUUUUCAACAAGCCAUAACAGCCAUAAAAACGGGUCAAUGCGAUUCGGCUAUAGUCGGCGGGGUUAAUCUUCUUUUAAAACCAACAUCUUCUUUGCAAUUUCACCGCCUUGGGAUGUUAAGCCCACAAGGGAUGUGUAAAGCUUUCGAUGAAAGUGGUAAUGGGUACGUUCGGUCGGAAGCUGCCGUUGUCGUCUUUUUGCAAAAAGCUAGUAAUUCAAGAAGAGUUUAUGCAACAGUUUUAGGGGCUAAAACUAAUACAGAUGGGAAUAAAGAACAAGGGAUAACUUACCCAUCGGGGAAUAUGCAAAAUAAAUUAAUGAAAGAGGUUUAUGCCGAAGCUGGGGUGAGCCCUUACGAAGUAUCUUACGUUGAAGCCCAUGGUACUGGUACAAAAGUAGGCGAUCCACAAGAAGUAAACUCAAUUGCAGAACUUUUUUGUAAAAAUCGCAAAGGAUCUUUACUUAUUGGAUCGGUUAAAAGUAAUAUGGGCCAUUCUGAACCAGCUUCCGGAUUAUGUUCCAUGGCAAAAGUUGUUAUCGCAAUGGAAUCGGGUUUUAUCCCCGGAAAUUUGCAUUUUAAAAGCCCCAAUCCUGAUAUUCCAGCUUUAAACGAUGGAAGGUUAAAGGUCGUAACAAAACCCGAACCAUGGAACGGUGGAAUAAUGGCAAUUAACUCAUUCGGUUUUGGCGGUGCAAACGCCCACAUCGUUUUGAGAUCCAAUCCAAAACCAAAAACGACAUGGCCCAUGGGACCUUUACCGCGAGUAAUUGGAAUUUCCGGUCGAACUGAAGAUGGGGUAAACGAAUUUUUGGAUCAAAUCGUCACCCAUAAACAAGACGAAGAAUUUUUAUCGUUAAUCGAUCAAGUACAUUCCUUAAACAUUCCCGGUCACUCCUAUAGAGGUUAUGCUGUCUUAGGGGACGAAAUUACAAAAGAAAUAUCGCAAUUACAAGGUGAUAAAAGACCCCUUUGGUACGUCUUUUCCGGGAUGGGAUCCCAAUGGCCGCAAAUGGCAAAACAAUUAAUCGAAAUUGAAAUAUUUAAGAACUCCAUCAAAAAAUGUUCUGAUGCUCUUAAACCAAAAGGAAUUAACUUAGAAGAUUUGCUUAUUAACGGCACUGAUGCCACAUUCGAUAACGUCUUAAAUUCAUUCAUAUCAAUCGCUGCCGUACAAGUGGCUUUAACCGAUAUUUUAACAACAAUUGGUUUAACUCCUGAUGGUAUCGUUGGCCAUUCUGUAGGUGAAAUUGGUUGUGCUUACGCCGAUGGAACUUUAACAGCAGAACAAGCAAUAUUAGCCGCUUAUUCAAGAGGAAAAGCCAUCAUGGAAAGUAACUUAAAUCCUGGCGCAAUGGCCGCCGUUGGAUUAUCAUGGGAAGAAUGCAAAAAACGUUGCCCAAACGAUAUUUUCCCCGCUUGCCAUAACAGCGAAGAUAGCGUAACAGUUUCCGGACCACCCGAAUCUUUAAAGAAAUUCACCGAACAACUUCAAGCUGAAGGAAUAUUCGCUAAAGUUGUUAAUAGUUCUGGAACAGCUUUUCAUAGCAAGUACAUCGCCGAAGCUGGCCCAAAACUGCGCAAAGCUUUAGAUGAAAUAAUACCAAAUCCAAAACCGAGAUCAUUUAAAUGGAUUUCAUCAUCAAUUCCUGAGGCGCAAUGGGGAUCGCCGUUGGCACAAAUGAGUUCGGCUGCUUAUCAUGUUAAUAAUCUUCUUUCGCCGGUUUUAUUCCACGAAGCUAUUCAACAUAUUCCUAAAGAUGCUAUUGUUGUUGAGAUUGCCCCACAUGCUUUAUUACAAGCUAUUUUGAAAAGAGCUUUAGGUGGAGAUUCUACUAAUAUUGGAUUGGUCAAAAGAGGACAUUCUAAUAAUGUUCAAUAUUUGUUAUCAAAUCUUGGGAGAAUUUAUAUGGCUGGUGGUCAACCUAAAUUAGGAAAUUUAUACCACACGGUACAUUUUCCAGUUGGAAAAGGAACUCCAAUGCUUUCAUCAAUGAUCAAAUGGGAUCAUUCGACUGAAUGGGCCGUUGCAAACUUUUCUGGAAAAGGUUCAAAAUCAGGCGAAUUAAUUGUAGACGUUGAUUUAAGCAAAGAAGAGUAUCAAUAUUUAUCGGGGCAUGCUAUAGAUGGAAGAAUUUUAUUCCCCGCAACGGGUUAUUUGACAUUAGUUUGGAAAACUUUCGCAAAACUCCACAACGCAGAUUUCGAAAAAUUCCCAGUUAUAUUAAAAGACAUUCAAUUCCAAAGAGCGACGAUAAUGCCAAAAGAAGGCUCAGUAAAAUUCUUAAUAAACAUAUUCGAAGGAUCGGGAGAAUUUGAAAUAUGCGAAGGAGGCUCAGUUGCAGUUUCCGGGAAAAUAUUUAAACCAGAAAACAUCGAAAAAGAAACUUUAAAUUUAUCCCCAAAAACAUCUACAGAUAACGAUUUAUUAAAUUUAACAACCGCUGAUAUUUACAAAGAAUUAAGAUUGAGGGGAUACGAUUACGAAGGUCUUUUUAAAGGAAUCACCGAAUCCGACAACAAAGGAUUAAACGGGAAAUUAAAAUGGAGCGAAAAUUGGAUUAGUUUAAUGGACACCAUGUUGCAAUUUUCAAUUUUGGGACAAAACACGAAAGAAUUAUAUUUACCAACAAGACUCCACAAAGCUGUAAUCAACCCAAAAGCUCUCUAUGAUUACUUAAACGACGAACAAAAAGACAUCCCUGUGAAUAUGUACCGAAAUAUCGGAAUUAUCCAAAUUCCCGGCGUUGAAUUAAGAGGCAUGAAAGCAAGUUUAGCCCCUAGGAGACAACAAAGUCAAUCACCACCCAAAUUAGAACGUUAUCAAUUCGUUCCAUAUGAACAAACCGUAUCAGCUUUUACUUAUGACAAAGCUAAUCAACAAGCUUUAGAAAUUUUAAUGCAAAUAGUUAACGAAAACAGCGCGGGGGCUUUAAAACUUAAAAUCGCCGAAGUUGGUUAUGCAAAAACCACAGAAACAUUUUUAACCCCUAAAUUAUUAGAUAUCCUCGAAUCAGAACCAAUGUUAUCAGUAGAUAUGACAAUUAUCACUUCAGGAGGUGUAGACACCUCUACUUUUGACUCAAAAGGAAUCAAAAUCGUCCAAAAAGAUUUAACAUCAUCAGCAAUCGAACAAAACGCUCAUUUGGUGAUUCUCCCUGAUAUUCUCAUCAAUGAAAAUCAAUCAAUUUUAGAUAACGCUAUAAAUUCGUUAAAAUCAGGCGGAUUUAUCAUGAUCGAAGGCGCAAAUGAAAUCAAUAAAAAUAUAUCCCAAAAGAAUUUAGUUGUUGUAUCUCAACAAAAAAUUGCUUCAAAAUUAUACACUUUAUUAAGAAAAUGUGUUGAAAUACCCGAAGAAUACACAAUCAUUAAAGUAAGCGAAAACAAUUUUGAUUAUGUUGAACCACUGAAAGAAGCUUUAAAAGAUUCUGAAUCAUCAGGAAAACGUAUUUAUUUAAUAAACGAAGGUGAGGAACUUAACGGGUUAAUUGGAAUGAUGAAUUGUGUUAAACAAGAACCAGGUGGUGUACACGUUCGUUCAGUAUUUAUCCAAGAUAAAAUUGAACCAUUUUCGCCAACAUCUCCUAAAUAUAUUUCGCAAUUACAAAAAGACUUAAUUCAUAAUGUUCUUAAAAAUAAAACUUGGGGAUCGUUUAGACAUCUCUCAAUCGAUCAAAUCAACGAUGCUGGAAAAUUACAAGUUGAACACGCCUAUAUUAACACAAUGAUUCGAGGUGAUUUAUCAAGUUUAAGAUGGAUUGAAGGCCCCCUUGCUUAUUACAAAGACGAUAAUCCCAACGUUGAGUUAUGUUCUGUUUAUUACGCCCCAUUAAAUUUCCGAGACAUCAUGCUAGCAACUGGAAAACUCCCACCUGACGCGCUUCCCGGAGAUUUAGCAGGACAAGAUUGCAUUUUAGGUUUAGAAUUUUCUGGGCGAAAUUCCGAAGGAAAACGUGUUAUGGGGAUGGUUUCUGCGCGAAGUUUAGCGACGUCGGUUUUGGCGGAUCCUCACUUUUUAUGGGAAGUACCUGAAAAGUGGAGUUUGGAGGAAGCCGCGACUAUUCCGGUUGUUUAUGGAACUAGUUAUUACGCUUUGGUGGUACGUGGUGGGAUGAAAAAAGGAGAAUCGGUUUUAAUCCACGCUGGAAGUGGAGGUGUUGGACAAGCUUCGAUUUCAAUCGCUUUGCAUAUGGGUUGUAAAGUUUUUACAACUGUUGGAAGUCAAAGUAAACGCGAUUUCUUAAAGAAAACGUUCCCUCAACUCACAGACGAUCAAAUUGGUAAUUCCCGCGAUACCAGUUUUGAGCAAUUAAUUAUGACCGAAACGAAUGGGCGAGGAGUUGAUUUGGUUUUAAAUUCGUUAGCUGCGGAGCAAUUGGAAGCUUCAGUUCGUUGUUUGGCUAUCGGUGGGAGAUUUUUAGAAAUUGGAAAAGUCGAUUUAUCGAAUAAUUCGCCGUUAGGGAUGAGUAUUUUCCUUAAAAAUACAACGUUCCAUGGAAUCUUAUUGGAUGCUUUAUUCGAUUCGAACACCCCAGAAAAGAAAGAAGUGAUGAGAUUAGUUACUGAAGGGAUUUCGAAUGGGGCUGUCCAACCGCUUCCAAGUACAGUUUAUGCAGAAAACCAAGUUGAGCAAGCGUUCAGAUUUAUGGCAUCGGGAAAACAUAUUGGAAAAGUUAUCUUGAAGAUAAGAGACGAAGAAAAUCGCGGACCACAACAACCGAAACAAAAAUUAGUUACUGCUAUCCCAAAAACUUACAUGCAUCCAGAUAAAAGUUAUUUAUUAGUCGGUGGUUUGGGAGGUUUCGGAUUGGAAUUAGCUAAUUGGUUAAUUCUUCGUGGCGCAACUAAAAUUGUUUUAACAUCAAGAAGCGGGAUUAAGACGGGUUAUCAAAGUUUGUGUAUAAGAAGGUGGAAAGAUCUUGGAGUGAACGUUUUAAUAUCAACGGCUGAUGCAACAACUGAACAAGGCGCGAAUAAACUUCUUGGGGAAGCUUCUUCUUUAGGACCGAUUGGAGGCAUUUUUAACUUAGCCGCGGUACUUCGAGAUGCAAUGAUGGAGAACCAAACGGAAGCCGAUUUCAAAACGGUUACAAAACCAAAAGUGGACGGCACUAAAUAUCUUGAUAUCGUAUCGAGGACUUUAGCCCCAGAAUUAGAUUAUUUCGUGUGUUUCUCAUCGGUUUCUUGCGGAAGAGGAAACGCGGGGCAAGCAAAUUACGGACUUGCAAAUUCAGUUAUGGAAAGAAUCUGCGAAAAUCGACAUAAUUGCGGACUUCCAGCUUUAGCUAUUCAAUGGGGUGCUAUUGGUGAUGUUGGACUUAUCCUCGAAACAAUGGGAGGAAACGACACCGAAGUAGGGGGAACUCUCCCACAAAGAAUGUCAUCUUGUCUUCAAACAAUGGAUGUGUUUUUACAACAACCCAACGCGGUCGUUGCAAGCAUGGUUUUGGCAGAAAAACGAAAAUCAUCCGGAAGUGGAAGCGAAAUAAGCUUAGUUGAUGCGGUUGCUAACAUUUUGGGGAUUAAAGACACCAAAAAUCUUCCAUUAAACUCAUCCCUCGCCGAUUUAGGGAUGGAUUCGUUAAUGGGUUCGGAAAUAAAACAAACUUUGGAGAGAAAUUACGAUUUGGUUUUAAGCGCACAAGAAAUUAGAGCUUUAACUUUCGGGAAAUUGGUCGAUUUAUCUUCGGGCGAAAUCGUCGUUUCUGAAUCAUCAGAAAAAUCGACAUCCAACGAUCAAUUACAAUACGAUUCAAUCACAGAAAUUAUGCCAAGCAAAUCAUUGAUAAAAAUGUCGAGUAAAAACACCGAUAACAAAAUGACCCCAGUUUUCGUUUUACAUCCAAUCGAAGGGGUUGUUAACGCUUUAAACGAAUUAGCGAAGCAAAUUCAAGCACCCGUGUAUGGGUUACAAUGCACUAAAUCAACACCGCUAAACACAAUCGGGGAAUUAGCUGGUUUUUAUAUAGACGAAAUCAAAACUGUGCAACCAAAAGGACCUUACACGUUAAUUGGUUAUUCUUUCGGGGCUUGCGUAGCUUUUGAAAUGGGGGUUCAACUCGAAGAGAAUGGGGAGAAAGUUAAAUUAAUGUUAUUAGAUGGAUCGCCAGCUUAUGUAGCUACGCAUACCGGAAAAGCUAGAACUCAAAAGUUAAUUCGCGGAGAAGCUAGUGCGGAACAAAGUGAAGCUUUAGUCUAUUUUAUUCUCCAAUUUAAAGAGAUUGAUCAACAAAAGACUGUGUCUGAGAUGUUAUCCCUAAAAACUUGGGAAGAACGUUUAGCGAGGGCAACCCAAAUCCUCUCCGGAUCAACUCCUUUCCCAAGCGAACAAUUAGCGGCAGCAGCGGCUAGUUUUUAUUUUAAAUUGGUGGCGGCCGAUAAAUAUAAACCAACGAAACAAUUUCAAGGUGACGUUACUUUAGUGAGGGCGAUUGAUAAUUAUGUACAAAUGGGGGAUGAUUAUGGUUUAAGUGCGGUGUGCAAACAAAAAGUAUCAGUUUUACCAUUAGAAGGUAACCACAGAUCGAUAUUGGGCGGACAAACGGUACUAAAAAUAGCCGAUAUACUUCACCAAUCGAUUGCUGUUUAGAUAAAGUAAUACUAAUUUGUUUUUAAAGUCAAGACACAUUCCUAAAAUCUCCACUUCACGUAAAAUACUCUCAAAAAGAAUUGCAGUCCUAUGCGUAGUUUGUUUUAGUAUUCAUACGGCUGUUAGUUUUUAUUUUAAUUGUUUUUAUAUUUAAGUUUUAACCAUUGUAAAUAUUAGUUUGAUGUUUCUUUUUUAAUAGGCUGAUAGUGAGUAAUUAGUUUAUUUUUGUACUGUUUCGUUUCGUUUUAUUUUUUUUUAUUGUGUUAAUUUUAAGGGACUGAUCUAUUUAUUUUUGUACAAAUAUUUAAUUCUAUUCAAGGAAGUGAAUAGGUGGUAUAAUAACUAUAAAAAUUUAUUUUCUUUGUGUGAUUUGGUAUCAUUACGAUUAAAAUAUAUGUAUGGUGUAUAUAAUCAAAAUAAAUAAUUAAGAAUCUU